AAAAUAAAAUAAUUAUACGUUAAACGGCAUGUAUAGACAAAAACAAUGAUUUUUUUUUUUCUAUUCAGUCAGUUUUUAGGUUUCAGGCUAUUUUUAGCCUAACUUUGUACAAAUUGAUGAUUCUCAGUUGUUUCAUGAAAGAUAUAACAGAAUGAUUUAAUAUACUAUUGAACUUUAGGCAAUCUGUGCAUAAAAUCUCCAUAAAUUUGUAAAAAAUGUAUCUAUACACUGCAUCUAAUUUGCAUAUUAAUGUGUUUUUAGGGCAAAGAAAAUUAGUGUAAUAUGGGAGUAAUAACUUGGCAACAUUUUCUUUCUGAAAUGUUUAUUUAGGACAAACAAUUUGAAAGUUAAUCAUAUUUAAAUGAUAAUUACAAAACAUUAUCAUAUUCCCCUGAGAGUGCUAAACUUGAUCAUUCUGUCAAUAUGAGUCAUAUUUAAAAUCCAAGAAGAGGAAAUGUUUAUAAUGAUCUCUGAAAAGUCCUGAAUAUACUCGGGACAUCCAGACUUCAAUCUGUGGCAUGUAUAUAGAAAUUUUCUAAAAUAUAUUGUCCUCUAAACAGGACUAAAGUUUAUGCCUGGGUUAUAUAGGAUAUAUAAUACUAUAUAUUUGUUAAUAAUUAAUUCUUUCUAAAACGAUAGGAAUUGGAGUUUGACCACUCUGGCUAGUUGUAGUACUAGUUAGAUAAGAUAACAGCGCUCCACUGAGCACUGAAUGACAAAGAGACAAUAAUGUUAAAUUCUAAAGCAUGUCAAAAUUACUAUUAUUUGUUAAUAUUAUUAUUAAGAUUUCAUAUAGUAAUACAAUUUCCUCCAGCAAAGCACUGCACCUUUCUCAUGUCGCACUGGUCUCCCAGACGCAAGGUGGCGGUAAUGUAGAAUAGCGUCUUGUUCACGUUUAGAGAAUCGGUUUUAAAAAAAUUACGUCAUAUGUCAUACAUUUAACGUCAUAUUUUUGCACUGAACAAACAAAUAGUUACAUACCACUGUUCAUCACCAUAUUUCCGAAUACAUUAGACAGAAUAUGAAAAGUUUUGUCGCUAAGACUCGAGUGAUUCAAUCGAAUCGGUUCGACCGAACAUGAAUCUCAUUCGCGAAUCACUAGUGAAGGAAGGUAAGCUGUUUGACCGCCGAUGCAGCUCUGAUGUAAACGAAUAAUAUGAUUAAAGCUCUUUAUAAAGCGUUUGAGGUCAGGUGGAAAUCCUACAGGCACAGAUUUGUCCCCUGGAUAGCGUUAAAUCUGCAGAAAAAUGAGAGAACUCUUCGUCAGGUGAAGAAUCGAUCGCAAGAUAAGUUAGUCGAAGAUGAGGAGGUGUUCAGAUCUCUCGUGUGUUUAUUCACUGAACUCCUGAAAAACGAUCUGAAGAAUCAAAGCGAGCUGCUCCGGUUCCUCCCUCAGGCGAACCGCGACAAGUACACUAACGUUCGGAAUGAAACACGCGAUGCUCCCUCUGCAGUGAUGUUGAACGCUCUGGGCUUCCGGAUCGAGCGGAAGCGCAGCUCUCUGCAUUUGGCGGGAACUGGCGUCUUUGUUACGCGGGGACGCGCGCCGAAAGGAAGUAUUGUAGCUAUGUAUCCAGGAACCAUCUAUCAGGUGGAUGAGCCCAUCUUCUUCCAGUCGAUCAGAAAUCCCUUUGUGUUUCGAUGCAUCGAUGGUGUUUUGAUUGAUGGGAACGACAGAGCGCUCUCGAAGACUGUGUACCGCUCGUGUAGCGGACGGGACAGACUCGGCCCCUUUGGUCUGAGCGACUGCUCCUGGCUGACCUCUGACCCCGUGAACCCUCUCGCCGUGGGACAGUAUGUCAACAACUGCUCUAACGAAAAAGCUGCGAACGUCUGCUAUCAGGAGUAUGACGUGCCUGAAGGGUUUCCUCUCGAGCUCCGUCAGUUCCUGCCCAAUGUAAACUACAGAGCUGACACUCAAAGACCUUUGCGCUGUGUGGUUCUUGUGUCACUGAGAGAGAUUAACUGUGGUGAAGAGCUCUUCUCCAACUACUACACAAUUGUGCAUUGAAUCAUUUUAUAUAUAUAUAUACAUAUAUAUACAUAUAUAAAAAGUUGAUACAUUUGUAUUAUACAUAUAAACCUUGGGGAAAAAAAGAAAAUUGUGUUGGUUUCCAGCCUAAGGAUUUAAGGAACUAUUAAAAGGAAUAGUUCACCAAAAAAAUAAUAAGUUAUGGACUUAUUUUGGGCUGAAGCAACAGUUUGAGGUUUAAAAAAAAUAAAUAAAAAUAAAAAGCCUUAAUGAUG